AAUCUUGAGCCUUCGGGAUGGACAGAUUUCCUCCUAUGGGACAAAAAUCACUUCAGUCCCUUUGCCCAAACUCGCCGUCUUCGAUCAUCUUACCAGAAAUGAAAGAGCAGAGCUAAAGGAAAAACUCACAGCAAAACCAUUUUCCUCAUCUCAUGUUCAGAGGGGAGAAACUGCACUUUUCGGCCAUUCUUAACUGGUAAAGGACAACAUCUCACACCAAAGGCAAUGGAUCAAACAUAUGGAGAAGUAAACCAGCUUGGCGGGGUAUUUGUCAACGGACGACCACUUCCAAAUUCGAUUCGGAUUAGAAUCGUGGAAUUAGCUCAACUUGGAAUACGACCGUGUGACAUCAGUAGACAGCUUCGAGUCUCUCAUGGCUGUGUGAGCAAGAUACUAGCGAGAUACAACGAGACGGGUUCGAUACUGCCAGGUGCCAUAGGAGGAAGUAAACCCCGGGUUACAACACCCAACGUGGUGAAAAGCAUAAGGGAUUACAAACAAGGAGACCCUGGAAUAUUUGCUUGGGAGAUCAGGGACAGGCUUCUUGCAGAUGCAGUGUGUGAUAAGUAUAACGUUCCCUCCGUUAGCUCCAUAAGCCGCAUUUUACGCAACAAAAUAGGAAAUCUUUCCCAGCCUGGCCAGUAUGAGAACAGCAAGCCAACCCCUCCUCAGCUCUCCUACAACCACAUGUACCCGUACUCAUACCCCAGCGCAAUGUCACCCACUGGGACUAAAAUUGGCAGCGGUCCCGGUAUACCCGUCACGCCGGGCCAUGUCAGCCUCUCCCGCCAUGGCUGGCCUUCCGUGCACACAGUCAGCAACAUUUUGGGCAUCCGUGCCUUCAUGGACCCUGCAGCCAUUGCUGGAGCUGAGGGGUACCCAUCAAAAAUGGAGGAGUGGGCGAGCGUAAACAGAGCGACGUUUUCCUCUGCCCAUGGUGUCAACGGAAUAGAGAAAUCCUCCCUAGAGGCAGACAUCAAGUUUCCUCAGUCUUCUUCAAACCUAUCUAGUUAUGUCCCUGCUUGUGCCUACUCUCCCCCAAACCAAUACGGGGUGUAUGGUGGACCAGCAGGUAACUAUAUGACAACUGGACACCACUGGCAGUCUCAGAGCACGAGCCUGGCCCACCCCAACAGCGAAGCAACGAUGCAAGGUGGAGACCUCCACAUGGCAAUGUCCUUCAAACACUCAGCACGAGAAGGAGACAGAAAACCUCCCAGUCCCUUGAGCAAGCCCCAGCACGAGGCGUUGAGCGUACACGGACUAUCUCUCCGGACCUCAGCUUCAUAGCCCAACGAAACCAACGGACUGUCAAGAUCACAGGCAAUGUAGCCUAAAGAAAAUGCGUACAAUUAAAGGAUUUCAAUAAUCCACUAGUAAGUGACGAACCUAAAUUUUCAACAUCAUUCGGUGUAAUUGCAUUGCAUGCCAAUAGGCAAAAAAUGUAAAAUAAUCGAAUGUCGACAUGAAUGUUGGUACAGUCUUGUUCACCUGCACCAAUGCAGCGGUGUUGAUUAGGACUUCAUUAUUAUAUCUUUAAUAUUCCACUCAUUCAAAACUCAUCCCAAUCGAAAUUGUGUAAAACUAAUUAUGUAGCCAGCCUAAUUGUCUUGAGGUCACAUUGUUUCUCAUGACAGAUGAUAGAUAGUCCUGCAUGCUCUCUGGGUUCAAACAAACGUGAACAAUCUCUAUUUGUUAGGCCUAUGUCCUGAAAGGGAAAGUUCAAAAUGUUAGCAAUAUCAUGUAGGCCUAUUUGUAAUUUUGUAAAUUAAAUCCGCAAAAGCUGUAUUAUAUAUUUUUAUAGCCUAACUGUGCUUAAUAAAGGCAUGCUAAACGGGAAA